CUUGGGCGACAUUUGAAUUAAAAUAAAACAGGAACAGCAACAUUCUAAGACCCAAAACUGGCCAUUAUUCGAAAUUUGACGAUUCAUUUCAAAUUAAAUCAAAACAGUCGCGCCAACAUAAUAGAUAAAAAACCCGUUAGUUUGAUUUGAGGUUGUGUAAUGUUUGUAAUAAUGGUUUUUUUUGUUUGAAAAUAGUUUUUUUGUGUAUUUAUGAUGUCUGUAGUUUUGUCCUUAAUAAAUUAUUUAAUUAGUUGUGUUUUAUGACCUUUAAAAUGACUUCAAAUGAUAGCAAAAAUUCACAAGUUGGAAAGAACGGUCUUUGUUUCAGUGUAAAAAAUGAGAAACGACGUGAUUACCUGGAAUGGGAUGAGUAUUUUAUGGCCAUGACAUUCUUGGAGCUUCGAAGGGGGACCCCAGGUCAUAUCAAAAAUGCUGCUAUUAUUCUAAAUCAGCGUAAAAUAAUAAUCAGUAUGGCAAAUAGUUGUGUUUUAAAAGCUGACACUACAUCACACGAGUUGCAUACCAGUCAUGCUGAAUACAAGGCCUUGGAAAAAAUUCAACAAGGAAGUGUUAUGUACACAACCACAUUUCCGUGUGACAAAUGUGCUGAAGCUGUAGCACAGGCUGGUAUUACAGAAGUUGUUUUUUAUCAUAAGAAAAUUGAUGAUAACAGAGCUAAGGAAGUUUUUGAUAAGUGUGGAAUUAAAUAUCGGCAAUUUAGCACCAAAAAGCGGAGGAUUGAACUCGAUUUUAAUCAGUUUUGUGAUUAAACUUUUAUUUUUUUAUAUUCAUUCAUCAUCGGAUGAGGAGGCCUCUUCAGCCUCCUCCAACCACUCAAUAAACGGCUUAACUUGUCCAUA